CGGCCAUGUCCCCGGCUGCCCAAUGCGUGCCCUGGCGAUGGCUGGCGGCGGGCAGGGCGUCGCGGAGGCUGGUGCUGGUGGUGGUGUUCGUCGCGCUGCUGCUGGACAACAUGCUGCUGACAGUUGUGGUACCGAUUGUCCCCACCUUCCUUUAUACAACAGAAUACGAAGGUGCUAACAGCUCUGUUGCCCCAGCCUGGACUGAGCCGGCUCCUCCAGCCUUGAAAACUCCUCCUUUCUCCUCCAUGUUCUCCUAUUUUGACAAUACCACGGUGACUGUCUUGGGCUCCACCAGCGCUGCAGAACUGGCAAAGGGGAUGGGGAGCAGCCGCCCGCCGCAGCCCCCUGCCAGCAGCCCACCACUGCCGAGCGGCUGCCCAGAGGGAGAGGAGUUCCUCGCCCAGGAAAACGUCCGUGUGGGGCUGCUGUUUGCUUCCAAGGCUCUCAUACAGCUUCUGGUCAACCCGUCCGUGGGCCUCCUGACCAACAGGAUAGGAUACCACAUCCCCAUGUUCAUUGGAUUCAUCAUCAUGUUCCUCUCCACAGUCAUGUUUGCUUUCUCAGGCACCUACACCUUGCUGUUCAUCGCCCGAGCCCUCCAAGGCAUUGGGUCAUCGUUCUCAUCCGUCGCAGGCUUGGGCAUGCUGGCCAGCGUGUACACAGAUGACUUCGAGAGGGGCAACGCGAUGGGGAUUGCUCUUGGAGGCUUGGCCUUGGGCGUGCUGAUCGGGGCCCCCUUUGGGAGCGUGAUGUAUGAGUUCGUGGGGAAAUCAUCUCCCUUCCUGGUCCUGGCGUUCCUCGCCCUCUUGGAUGGAGCUUUGCAGCUCUGCAUACUGCAGCCCUCUAAGAUCUCCCCCGAGAGCACCAAAGGCACGCCGGUGUCCACCCUGCUGCGAGACCCCUACAUCCUGAUCGCUGCAGGUGCCCUCUGCUUCUCCAACAUGGGGGUGGCCAUGCUCGAGCCCACCUUGCCCAUCUGGAUGAUGCAAACCAUGUGCUCCCCGAAAUGGCAGCUAGGGAUGGCGUUCCUCCCUGCCAGCAUAUCCUACCUCAUCGGCACCAAUCUCUUCGGGAUUCUGGCUAACAAAAUGGGCCGGUGGCUGUGCUCCCUGAUCGGCAUGGCGGUAGUGGGAAUUAGCCUCCUUUGUGUACCUCUGGCCAAAAACAUUUACGGGCUGAUUGGCCCAAACGGUGGGCUUGGCUUUGCCAUAGGAAUGGUGGACUCCUCAAUGAUGCCGAUCAUGGGUUACCUCGUGGAUCUUCGCCACACCUCUGUCUACGGCAACGUCUACGCCAUAGCUGACGUCGCCUUCUGCAUGGGCUUUGCGAUUGGUCCCUCCACAGGCGGUGCGGUUGUCAGAGCUAUUGGGUUUCCCUGGCUGAUGGUCAUCAUUGGAGUUAUCAACAUCGCUUACGCUCCUCUCUGCUGGUACCUGCGCAACCCUCCCACUAAAGAGGAGAAGAUUGCAAUCUUAACCCAGGAAUGCCCCAUGCAAACCAAAAGCCACACUGCCCAGAAAACCCUGCGCGACUUCCCUCUCACAGACGACAGCGACGUGGAGGCAGAAAACGCGGACUAGCAAGCGCCAGGACGUUGUGAAGCUAGCAUUACGUCUACAGGCAUGGAUGCAUUAGCACCCCAGAAUGACCCAGCCUCCCCAAAGACUUGUGGGUGCAGGGUGGACACAGGCUGCAUUGCUGGGCUGUCCUCUUGGCAAUGCAAUGCGCAGCAGGGAGCCGAGACCCAGGAUUUGGAGGCUCUAUCCGUUUAGUUAAGCCACCCAUUCGCUGCCUGGCUUCUAGGCAAGUUACGCAAAUUCACUACAUCUCAUCUUAAAAAAAAAAAAAGGUUGCAAGACGGAAGAAACAUAUUAUCCUGUCCCGCAGAACGAUAUUGUCUUGGGCACAGCCCACCCACGCAGUAGGGGGUCAUACCAACACCUCUCCCAGUCGAGUCCAGCGGCAUUUGUUAACGUCUUUAAAGCGCAUACUGUUCUUGAAAAAGAAGCAACGGAGAGAAUGAGAAUUAAAUCAGCAGCAUCAGCUUUGGGAGAUUUCUUUCUCCAGAAUUCUGUUAUAAUCCCCAGCAUGAAUCGCUUCUGUAACAACAGGGCACUGCCCAUCUGCGUCACUGCCAGGCAAUAAAGGUGUCACUGCACCGCUAGCGUGCUCCACGCUCCUCCUC